CACCUCUGUCCGUUUUCAGUACCACCGUGACGGGGUCUGCCAGUGUUCUCAGGAAACCAAAAAAAUGAAUGCGGUCACGUCCUAGCAUGCUUGGCUGCAUGCCCCUGGAUACCACAAAUGCUUAGAAGUCAGCGGCAACGAAGCAGUAGUCGCCGGAGACGACCACACGUCACGCGCACACAGGGCAGGGAUUCACAGGCACCCGUCCAGCAGGUCCUCGACGGCGUCCGCGUCGGCGACGUCCGCGGCGAACUCCGCGCGGACGAGCGCGCGCGCCCGGUACACCAGGAGCGCCGGGAGGCGCGCCUCGUCGAUCUCGAGGCCGAAGGCUGGGAAGCUUUUGAUCGUGUCCCCGUCGAGGCGCACGAUCGCCGGCGCGCACGCGCCCACGAACCGGCAGUCGCCCGGACGCCGCGCCUGGCGCGCCGCGAGCAGCGCGAGCGCGCGGUCGACGCGCCGAGACGCGUCGGUCCGGGAGAAGACGUGCACCAGCACAGGCGUCGCGACGUCCGCCUCCGCGACGGCCUCGAGCAUGGCCCGCGCGUCGCCCGCCGUCGGGACCAAGGGUGCGUCGUGCUUCAGUGCCUCGAUGCGGCGCUGUCGGAGUUUCUCGACCUCGGCGUCGCGCAGGCGCCGUCGCUCCCCGAGCGCCGCGCCGCCGGCCAUCGUCGCGCAGACCAACUUAUGCGUUUCCUCCGAGACGUGCGCCGGCCUCUCUUGGCUGAACGCGGCGACGGCGUCGGCCUGGCGCGCGCCGCGCUGCAGCUCCAGCGCGAGGGGGUCGUCGAGCAAUGCGUCGUCGCCGUCGUCCGGCUCCGGUCGGACGUUGUCCAGCGUCACGUCCGUGAGUCUUGGGAAGGCGGCCAUGCGUAGCUUAAGCAAAACAUGGAUGCUUGUCGUGCUCAG